AUUUAUAGGCCUUCAUCGGAGUACGGAGUCAUAUCUACACCUCGCCGUCUCUUGCAUUCCUCUUCUCGAGACCCUAGUUUACGUAAUGCCCUGAUUUCUCUCGAUCUUUUGGGGAGUCGAUCUUCAUCCUCAAAUGAUGGAAAACACUCGAAACCUGAAAACGAGAUUUGUUUCUUUAGUAUCAGUAAUUUUUCUCCGUCGAAUUUGAUCGAUUAUUAGAGUACGAAAAUUCCAGUUCUUUGUAUGAAAUCAGUGCAUUUGUUUUACACUCUCGUGGAGUGGCAAUCUCAAUGCUUGAGAAGAUAUAACGGGUGCCGAGGGAGAAAGAGUACUAGAUGAUCAAGAAAGAGCCCCAAGCUUAGUCUACACCUAUGAACAACCCAACUUUUGCAACUCUUACUUUUCCUACGUCACUCUUAUCCUUAAACUCGGCAGUGCCAAACACCUCUCUCAUUGAGUCCACCUCUCUUUCACCUCGAAACUGAUUGCUACAUGGUCACCCCGUCCCUCUUCUCUCACGUUAUUAAACUCUAUGGUGAGGCUAAUUUGCCUGAUAGGGCCCUCAAGACCUUCUAUACCAUGAUCAAAUUUGGUUGUAAGCCUUCUGUCAAACACUUGAACCGCAUUCUUGAGAUUCUCGUUUGUCAUCGGAUCUAUGUCCGGCCAGGUCUUGACCUUUUCCGAAAUGCUCAUCACUACGGUGUUGAACCUAAUACAAAAUCUUACAAUGUUUUGAUGCGUGCCUUUUGCUUUUGUGGGAAUCUCAGUAUUGCAUACAAGCUGUUCAAUGAAAUGUUUAAGAGAGAUGUUUAUCCGGAUGUUCAGUCGUAUCGGAUUCUGAUGCAGGGCUUUUGUAGACAAAGUCAGGUGAAUACGGCGGUGGACUUGUUGGAGGACAUGUUGAACAAAGGAGUACUAGAUGAUCAAGAAAGAGCCCCAAGCUUAGUUUACGCCUAUGAACAACCCAACUUUUGCAACUCUUACUCUUCCUACGUCACUCUUGUCCUUAAACUCGGCAGUGCCAAACACCUCUCAUUGAAACCACCUCUCUUUCGCCUCAAAACCGAUUGCUACAUGGUCACCCCGUCCCUCUUCUCUCACGUUAUUAAACUCUAUGGUGAGGCUAAUUUGCCUGAUAGGGCCCUCAAGACCUUCUAUACCAUGAUCGAAUUUGGUUGUAAGCCUUCUGUCAAACACCUGAACUGCAUUCUUGAGAUUCUCGUUUGUCAUCGGAUCUAUGCCCGGCCAGCUCUUGACCUUUUCCGAAAUGCUCAUCACUACGGUGUUGAACCUAAUACAAAAUCUUACAAUGUUUUGAUGCGUGCCUUUUGCUUUUGUGGGAAUCUCAGUAUUGCAUACAAGCUGUUCAAUGAAAUGUUUAAGAGAGAUGUUUAUCCGGAUGUUCAGUCGUAUCGGAUUCUGAUGCAGGGCUUUUGUAGACAAAGUCAGGUGAAUACGGCGGUGGAUUUGUUGGAGGACAUGUUGAACAAGGGGUAUGUACCAGAUGCGUUGUGUUAUACCACUUUGUUGAAUAGUUUGUGUAGGAAAAAGAAGCUAAGGGAGGCAUAUAAGCUUCUUUGCAGGAUGAAAGUCAAGGGAUGCAACCCCGAUAUUGUUCACUAUAAUACAGUUAUUUUAGGAUUUUGUAGAGAAGGGCGUGCAAUGGAUGCUUGCAAGAUUCUUGAGGAUAUGGCAUCAAAUGGGUGCUUGCCGAACUUGGUCUCAUAUCGAACUCUAGUUAAUGGGUUAUGUGAUGCGGGAAUGUUUGACGAGGCGAAAAAAUAUAUGGAGGAAAUGACAACAAAAGGAUUUUCUCCACAUUUCUCUGUUAUUCAUGCUCUAGUUAAGGGGUAUUGUAAUGUUGGUAGGGCUGAGGAAGCUUGCGGAGUACUAGGGGAGGUGCUAAAGCACGGGGAAGCUCCUCAUGUAGAUACUUGGAUGACAAUAAUACCUAGGAUUUGUGAAACUGAAAGAAUGGAAAAAGUUUUGGAAGAGAUCAUGAGGAUAGAAAUAACGCGUCACACUAGAAUAGUGGAAGUAGGUGUUAGUUUGGAGGACUACCUUAUCAAGAAGAUACAAGUUGACCCAAGGAAACCUUAAUUGUAUUUUGGUAAAUGACUAACUGGUUUGUUCUUACCCGUAUGACAUGGGCGGUGCUUACAAUUAUCCUCCCCGGUAAAAGCAUGUUUCCUUUCACAUCCAAUAUGUUGCCAUCCAAUUUCCUGCUAUGCUUCUCAUAGUUUUCUGUAUCUAGUCUUCUACAUGUUACAAGUGUUCUUAGAUGUUGUAGACGUAUUUUGAAAUAUAUUGGGGAAACUGUUGGAUGCUGAAACUCUGUUUAAUUUUGCUAAUAUUGAAACUGUUGGUUGUUUUGUGUAUAA